AUGAAGAUCUUUGUGAAGACCUUGACAGGCAAGACCAUAAUCCUUGAGGUAGAGCCCAGUGACACAACUGAGACUGUCAAAGCUAAAAUCCAAGACAAGGAGGAGUCCACCCUGUACUUGGUGCUUCAUCUGAGGGGUGGAAUCACUGAACCCUCCCUCCACCAGCUCACCCAGAAGUACAACUGCAACAAGAUGAUCUGCCGCAAGUGUUACACCCACCUGCAGCCCUGUGUUGUCAACUGUGGCAAGAAGUGCGGCUACACCAACAACCUGCACACCAAGAAGGUUAAAUAA